AUGGCUUUCUACUGGGAGUGCGCAUCGUUCCCAUUGGCGAUGGCACCAUGGUGCAGUGAAUCGAGACGGCAGCAAAAGAUUCUCGCUCGUGUGGCGGUGGCAGAGCAGCGGACGCCGGGCUUUGCGCUGCGUUUUGACCUGGAACUACUCGAGGAGGCAGAGAUGCAGGGUGAUCCCAGCGUGUUGAUGCCCUGUAUGCACUUGAUGCGGCUCGUGAACCAGCGGCAGAUGCUGCGUGCCUUUGAAUUUGCAUUUGCCGGCGCCGGGGCGGAGAAACGACGGCCGGGAGGGGAAGAAGCAGACGACGAAUUAUUGGACCUGAGACUGAAAAAGUGGCUGGCAGGUGGCGGCCGGGUGCCAGCACCACCCAAAGAAGAGCUGGUGAAAUGGCUACUGACCUGGAUGGAUCAAAAUUCAAUGCAGCAAAUGAAACGACGAUCAUCGAUCCGCAGUAGCAGUAGUCGAAGCCUUGCGAGUGCUACAAGUAAAGUUUCUUUACCUGAAAAGAAAGAGUUCAAACUAACUACAGUAAGAUUGAACCCUCGCCUAAAUUCUCUGGAUGUGGAUAAACUGGAGGAACCUUCCAACGAGUGGUCAGAUGCUCGACGACAUCUUCAUAAGGAGCUAGGUGCAUCGCGACGUGACGUUCAAACGGCAAAGCAACUCCAAGAUAAAGCUGAAAAACUAGCGAAUCUGCGUCAUACCCAACUGGUGAAAGAGUCGGCUCGAAAGCUUCGCAUAAAUGAGCAAAAGCGUCGUGACGCCCAAGCAGUUCGACAGACAAUUGCAGAUACGUUGGAGUAUCGAGACGAGUUGAAUGCUAUGGAGUCUCGCUUGAAACAAGCGGCCAUCGCUGCUCAUCGUCACCAGGAGCGACUGAAACGCCAAGCGCGCGUCGUAAUGGGCAACAUCGAAAAGACGCCAAACGGCACUAUAAAGCUAGGUUCUGGACCGCUUUCCAAGAAGGAGAUGGAGCUAAUACUCGGCAGUAGUCGAACCGGAAGCGCAGUGUACGAUCUCCAUGGUCGCCGACGCAGUUUAGAAGAGGCAGAUAUGGUCACGAAAGAGACAGCUUUAGAGAGCGCAAUGCGUAAGGUUCGACGACUAGUGUUGAGCUCUAAGAACGGUGUCGAAGUUUUCCGUCGGUACGAUCUUGAUCGUAGCAGGACACUCAGCUACAGUGAGUUUCAGCGCUUGCUCCGCGAAAACGGCACCGGUAAUUCUCCUGAAUUAACACAAGAACAAAGCUCGGCGUUGUUUAAACGCUUCGAUCUUGACAGUAGUGGCGAGAUACACUACGAGGAAUUGCUUUGGGGAUUUUUCAAUCGGGAAGCGUUCCUGAAAAGGUGGCAUGAACGAGAGAGCGCAAACACGACGGCGUCAUCGGACGGCCAUGUCAAAGAAUCGUUUACGAAAUAUGAUCCAAGUGGCCGAGGUGUAUUGCCACUCAAAGAUUUCCAAUUGGUCUCGGAUCAUCUUGGCGUCACUCUUGGCGACGCAGAUGCCACAUUGUUAGCAGUGAAAUUUGAUGCUGGCAAGGACGGGUAUGUUGACUACCAUAAGUUCUUGAACUUUGUUAAUCUUUCCGGAACGCAAGACCUAUCAUCAAUUGCCAAACGUGAUAAUUCUGAGUCUACAACACCAUCAGACUUCCACGCUCGUACAGCUCCACCUGGCAUGGAGCGUAUCUGGAUGGAGUUGCAGGAACUUUCAACUACACAAGCAAAACUCCAUCGCCUUCUUCAAAAAUGA